AAAAACAAAAACUUACUCUUAGCGAAGAUACCUAAUUGCACGCUGCAAUUUGGUCUUUACUCGCAAACCCCAUCAAUAAUCUUCUCACCCCUUUCUCUCGAACCCUCCGUCAAACCCCAUCAAUCCACUUUCUCCUUUCUCAAUCUCUCCUUGAUACCUUGCCUUCCUCCAGAUCUGUUAAUGGAUCUUCUUCUUAUGCGUUAAGGGAAACUUGUUGUCUUCCGAUUUUGCGUCAAAUGUUCAACCCUGGUCUACAACGAAAUAAAGUGACGGCGGAAGAGAGAGGAAGACGAUGGACUCCACUUCCACUCAUUGUUCUACCUUUGCCUUGUCGAUUACGAAUCUCACAUUGUUUGAACAACAAUACUGGAAAAGGCGUGGAGACCAUGUUUGCUGAUUUGGGACAUUUUUCAGCUUGUUCAAUUAAGACAGCAUUUACUUUUCUGGUUUACCCUUGUUUGGUUUUGGCUUAUAUGGGUGAGGCUGCCUUCCUGUCUUGUCAUAAUGAAGAUAUUCAGAGGAGCUUCUACAAAGCUAUUCCAGAACCAAUAUUCUGGCCGGUUUUCAUAGUGGCUACAUUUGCGGCGGUAGUAGAACCAGUAUUCGGUCUGGAAAGGGCUCGGUACGAGGAGGAUGACACUCAUUCAAAGAGAGGUGUUCUCCUGCUGUAUAGAGCAAGGUGGGCAACGGAUAGGAGAAGGGUGAUUAUUUUGUACUUCAGAACCUGUAAUAUUUGUUAAUUUUGCUUGUCAGCUCAAAAUUUUGGGAUAGAAAUGUUGAUGUAAUAUGUAGAUUGAUUGAAUGUAAUGGUGGCUUGGUGUUUAUUGCUAUAAUCAGGUGGUGGGUGUAUUUCA